GAUUUGGCCUCCUCGUGCUCGGUAAACAAUCUGCCCCCCGAUCUCCGUCCUCCCAGAUCUCAGAUCCGUGGACCGAGCAGAGCUCCACCACCUCCUCUCCAAUGGCGGUCAAGGUCUACGUCGUGUAUUACUCCAUGUAUGGUCAUGUUGCCAAACUAGCUGAGGAGAUCAAGAAAGGUGCCUCGUCUGUUGAAGGCGUGGAAGUUAAAUUAUGGCAGGUGCCCGAAACCCUCUCUGAAGAGGUGCUGGGCAAGAUGGGAGCGCCGCCGAGGAGCGACGCACCGGUGAUCUCGCCGCAGGAGCUCGCCGAGGCAGACGGCGUCCUCUUCGGGUUCCCGACGAGGUUCGGCAUGAUGGCCGCGCAGAUGAAGGCGUUCUUCGACGGCACCGGCGGCCUGUGGCGCGAGCAGAGCCUCGCCGGCAAGCCCGCCGGCAUCUUCUUCAGCACCGGCACCCAGGGCGGCGGCCAGGAGACCACGCCGCUGACGGCGGUGACGCAGCUGACGCACCACGGGAUGGUGUUCGUGCCGGUGGGGUACACGUUCGGCGCCAAGAUGUUCGACAUGGAGCAGGUGCACGGCGGCAGCCCGUACGGCGCCGGCACGUUCGCCGGCGACGGGUCGAGGUGGCCGUCGGAGGUGGAGCUGGAGCACGCCUUCCACCAGGGCAAGUACUUCGCCGGCAUCGCCAAGAAGCUCAAGGGCGCCUCCGCCUGAACCACCCCAUGCAUGAUACAGAAUUUACUCCAUAGUUAUAGAGUUCAUCUGCAUACAGAUUUGAUCGAUAUAUGUUACACAAGAUUGGCUGUGGCUUUGAGUCUUUGAUUCGGCGUGCGUAAUGCUUGUAAAAACUUGGAAUUUGAUGAUUGUGCGUGCCCAUUACUAUACCAUAUCAUAUCCUAUGGUUUUUCUUGGCACACUGCA